GUCCCACGUACCGCAGCAUCUACGCCAAGGAUGCGUACGCCGACCUGGGGCCCGGGGUUGACACCAUUGGGUACCUCGACCUGACCCCAGUCAUCGACACCAUGUGGAGCCUCUUCACGGCCUCUGUGUAUCGAUUCGGCGACAACAAGUUUCUGGGGAAGCGCUCGAUCGUAGAUGGCAAGCCGGGCCCGUUUGUGUGGGACACGUACUCCCAGGUGCAUGACAAGGUGCUGCAUCUGGGAUCAGCUUACCGUGCUGCUGGGUUGGAAGCGAACGCCAAGGUGGGAAUCUACGGCAUCAACUCGCCCGAGUGGUUCAUGGCCAUGGAGGCAUGCAACUGUCAGUCCAUGCAGUGCGUGCCACUCUACGAUACACUGGGUGCGGAGGCAGUGUCAUUCAUUCUCAACCAUGCGGAAGUGGCGCUCGUGGUCGUGCAAGCAGCCAAGAUACCUGCUCUGCUCAAGAGCCUGCCUAACUGCACUGAGAAUGUCAAGACCGUGGUGAGCAUGGGGGCGCUGGAUGCGGAUUCAGCCAAGGCGCUCACAGACAUGGGCAUCCGAGGAGUCACCUGGGACGACUUUUUAAAGGAGGGCGAGGAGAAGCCAGUGGAGCCAUGCCCGUCCAAGCCAGAGGACAUCUGCACCAUCAUGUACACCUCAGGCACCACGGGCGAGCCCAAGGGAGUGCUUAUAACGAAUCAUGCCCUUGCCACUGCUGUAGCGGGCACCAAGCGGUUCUGCGAGGUCAACAACUGUGUGCUCACCGAAGCGGAUAUCUACAUUUCCUACCUGCCCCUGGCACACAUCUUUGACCGCGUGGCCGAGGAGCUCAUGACCCAUGUGGGGGGCUCCAUUGGCUUCUGGCAAGGGGACGUGAGGAACCUCACAAACGACUUGGAGGCCCUCAAGCCCACCUUCUUCUGCGGAGUGCCGCGCAUCUUUGACCGCAUCCACUCGGCCGUCAUCUCUAAGAUUGAGUCCACGGGCGGGCUCACCAAGAUGCUGUUCGACUAUGCCUACAGCAGCAAGCAAGCGCGGCUGGCAGCAGGGGUGAAGAUUCGAGACGCCACGCCAAUCUUUGACUUCCUCGUCUUCAGCAAGAUCAAGGCGCGGCUGGGCGGCAACGUGCGGAUUAUCUGCUCCGGUGCCGCCCCUCUCGCCCCUCACGUGGAGGAGUUUUUGAAGAUCGCCAUGUGCUGCCCCGUGGUGCAGGGGUAUGGUCUAACCGAGACCAACACGAGCGGCUUCAUCUCGUAUGCGGAUCGCAUAGAGCAGGCCGGCACGGUGGGCCCGCCCAUGCCCACGCUCGAAACCCGCCUCGAAUCCAUCCCGGAAAUGAACUACGAUGCUAUCGGCAGCACCAAGCAGGAAGGCGAAUCAGGAGAGGCGCAGGUGCACCCCCCCCGUGGGGAGGUGUGCAUUCGCGGGCCGAUUCUCUUCUCGGGGUAUUACAAGCGGGAGGAUCUGACGAAAGAGGCGGUGGAUGCGGAGGGGUGGUUCCACACGGGUGAUAUUGGCGAGUGGCAGGCGGAUGGAUCAAUGAAAAUCAUUGAUCGGAAGAAGAACAUCUUUAAACUCGCGCAGGGCGAGUAUGUGGCUGUGGAGAACCUCGAGAACGUGUUUGGCAACUGCACGGCUUUGGAUAUGGUGUGGGUGUAUGGCAACAGCUUUGAAGCAGUGCUGGUGGCGGUGGUGGUGCCAAACAAGCCAACGCUGUUGGAGUGGGCCAAGGGGGCGGGUGUGGAGGGGGAUUAUGCUGCCGUGUGCGCCACUGAGGAGGCAAAGAAAUUUAUUCUCGGGCAGCUGACCGACACGGGCAAGAAGGGCAAGCUGAAGGGAUUCGAGAUGGUGAAGGCGGUGCAUCUGGACUCCCAGCCGUUUGACAUGGAGAGGGAUCUGCUCACACCCACGUUCAAGAAGAAGCGGCCGCAGCUGCUUAAGUACUACCAGGCACAAAUCGACGCCAUGUAUGCAGAUUUGCGGGUGGACGAUAGAGCGGGAGUUGCGGCGGCGGAGAGAUGGGGGGACGAUACGCGGGCAGGCAGUACAGGUGCCGGGGAUAGCGCAAGCCAUGACGGCACGGCCGGCGCGGUCGUCCCUGCAGCACAUGACCCGGGGAGUCGAGGCGAUGAAACUGCGGUGCAGAGAGGUGCUGAGGGGUGCUUCGAGGGGGUGGUAAGGGACGAUAGUGCGGCAGGCGGUUCGCAGAGGGAUAGUGCAAGUCGUGGCAGCACGGCCGUGACGGCAACUCAUGCGUCUCGAGCGACGGUUCAAAGCGGUGCUGAGGGGUGCAUCGAAGGGGGAUCAGCGGAUUGUGCAAGUCGUGGCAGCACGGCCGUGACGGCAGCUCAGGGGCCUCGAGACCAUCAUACCACGGCGGUUGAGAGCGGUGCCGAGGGGUGCAUGCGGGAGGGGGAAGCGGUGGAGGCCAGGGACGCGGAGAGUGCAGGCACGGCGGAGCGGAGACUACCGGACGGGGGAGUGGCUUCUACAGGGAUAAGCGGACGAGGUGCAGUGGCGGAGGGAUUGGCGGAGGAUGAGGCGGAGGCGGAGGGAGUGGCGGAGGGGGUGGCGGAGCGGAUCCGCGCGCUGGUGGAUGUGGGGGACAUGGGCGCAGUGCGGGAGGCGCAAGGGGCGAGCCUGGGCGCGCUACAGGACACGGCGGCCAUCCUGGCGCAUUUCAACGCCUUCUCGCUCAAGGCUCUCGCGUCUGAAGCCCCCGCCAUGCGCGCACACACUGCUGCCCUGCACGCCUUACAGAGUGAUCUCAUGCGCACAUUCAGAAAAAUCAGGUGUGAAGGGGAGGGGGGAGUUGAGAGGGUGGUGGGGCUGGGGUAG